AUGGGAACAAAUGGUAGUGGUAAUACAAACAAACGCAAAAGGUAAUAAAAACUUUUCAGUUAACUUUUCGUUCUUUGCAGCUUCAUGAUUCGCACUCAGUUAAAAGCAGUGAGCCUCCGAGUCUUGUCUUUUCAUGAUUUUCAUAACUUAACUUCUGGCAUGUAAGUACGAUUGGUAUAUUAUCAGAACUGUUGUAGAAAUUGGCCAAAUACAUAACAGAGGGAGUUCUGCAUCUUCCUUAGCAAUAGCCCCACAAAAUAUAUAAAUGAUAAACAUAUGCACUCGCUGUCAUUUUAUAAGGAAUCAUACUCGUUCACUGCGCUCACUCGUUCUAUUUAGGAUACGUUAACAGCUUGCAAUUGUGCAACACCGUACGAGCACACUUUUCAUGAAGAAUUCUAUAUAAAACUCAAUUAUUAGUGUCCUUGCUAUCAGUUGCUUCGCUCGUUGCGAAUCGGGCUUUGAUAUCAAUAAGAACGACUUAACUAUCCAUUUUUCGUUUUCUUUUGUAGAACCAUGAAUGAUGGUAAAAUUGGUACCAUGAAAGUUUCGGAUUCACUUCAACGAGAGCGCUGCACUAUUUAUCUGUUUGUAACUUUCUUUAAUGCCUUAAUAAUAUUCUAA